GAUGUCAGCUGAGUUCAGAAAGUAAACAGAGGUCCAGACUGCAGCAUGCUGCCUGCGGGACGGGGACGACAGCUGGGGCACUACCGGGGCCCCCGUGCAACUCCAUGGACCAGCACCUUUAUCUUUGGGGAGGAGGGCAGGUCCCUCUUAGUCCCCCUCUUUAUUUUCAUCUCCUUGCCCUUAGGGACAGCCUGGCCCUACGAUUACAGGUACUUGUACAACCACUGUCCAGGUCCAGAGUGGAACGUUAUGUGCAGAGGUUGCUGUGAAUAUGACGUAAUCCGCUGUAAGUGUCCCAUCCAGGGGACUAAGGUGGGCUAUGCGGUGCCCUGCUGCCGCAACGCCAUCAACGAGUGCGACCCCUGCAUUAUCCACCCAGGUUGCAGUAUAUUUGAGAACUGUAAGCGCUGUAACAACGGGACAUGGGGGCCCCGGGAUGACUUCUUCAUUAACGGCAAAUACUGUGCUGAGUGUCGUCCCGGCUGGACUGGUGGAGAUUGCAUGAAAUGUGGAGGAGUGAUCCGUAAACGGCAGGGCCACUUGGUGCUAGAGAGCUACCCCAACAAUGCUCGCUGUGAGUGGACCAUACAGGUGGACAGGCCGUUUACCAUAGAACUCAGGUUUAUGAUGCUGAGUCUGGAGUUUCACCAUUCUUGUCGUUAUGACUACGUAGAGGUCCGGGAUGGAGACAGCAUCAGCUCUCGGGUUAUUGGUAGAUUCUGCGGGAGCAACAGACCUGCUGUACUUCAUAGCUCUGGCAACAGUUUGCACAUUGUCUUUGUGUCGGAUGGUUACAAGAAUUUUGACGGAUUCUUCGCCACUUUCCAGGAGAACUCAGCUUGCAGCUCAUCCCCUUGCCUGCAUGACGGGACUUGUAUCCUGGACAGUUCUUACACCUACCGGUGUGCCUGCCUGGCUGGCUACACGGGAAAAAGAUGUGAAAAUGUGGUGGGGUGCCACAGGCCUCCGGUGCCCACCCAUGGUUCCACAGAGGGUCUGUUUCACCACUCUGGUGCACGCAUCGUUUUCCGUUGUGACCCUGGGUUUGAGCUGCGGGGGUUUCGUACCGCCAUCUGUCUAAAGGAUGGUACCUGGAGUGCACCUGCCCCAGAGUGUGUGCCAGUAGAACGAUUCUGUACUCUACCACUCAAGCCAGCGAACGGGGACCACUUCUUGGUUUAUGGACCCAACGAUGUCCUCAUUGCACUGCAGUAUCUGUGCCAUCAACCGUACGAGCUUAGUGGGCUGUCCCAGAGAACCUGCCUUUCUAACAACACCUGGAGCGGGACUCCUCCUGUUUGCACUAAAGUGAAUAACACACUUUCUGAAUCAGAAAAUGACAAAGGAAAAGAACCAGGAAAGGGGAAGGAAAUAGACAUUUACACUGACAAAGAUAUCAGCAAAAGUAAAGAGAAAGACCAGGAAAACACAACUGAAGAAAGUGUUGGUGGGAAGGAUACAAGCCCUGGACUAGAUAAUACACCGGUGGUGGACGUAGAGGAUAGAUAUACGGGGAUCAUUCCAGAUAAAACUGUGGCUAAGGGUAAGAAUGAGAGUGAGCUGGAGGAGAGGAACACUGGGUCAGAGAGGCCGACUGAGGGCGGAGAAAAUAAAUUGGAUGAUAAAAACUCAGGCAACAGCCAGAACGCAACUGAAGAGAAGCAACCAGAAGCACCAAAGCAACCUGAGGAAAAGGAAGAGGGAUCGGACUUGGACCUGGAGCAAGAAAAAAAGGACAUCAUAGAAACAGUUGUUAAAAACAAAGGACAAGAAGAGAAGGAAAGAAAAGAGGAGCAGGUGAAUGGGAAAAGAGAUCCAGACAAAUUCGGUCCUAAUGACACCAAACAGAGGACGGUCACACCUGAACGUGACAACACAGUGGAGAUAUUUGAUUUGGAUGUGACACAGAAUAAAACAGCAACGCAUGAAUCACAGGAUUCAAAGAAAGAAAAUAAUACCAUUGAACUGCCAAUACCAGGGAGUAAAAUUAUUCCCUCUAGAGUUAACGUGACACAGUUCACCUUAUACAGAGCAGGAGAGGAAAAUGGGCAAUCAAAGAAAAAAUCAGCUACUAAAACUGAUGUGACGGAUGAGGAUUCCUCAAAAAAAACAAAGGAGUUGGAGGGAGAUAAAAAAGAGAAGGAGGAGAAGGAAAAGGAGAGGGAAGUCAACGAAAGCUUAACAGACAAGAGUUGCCCUCCGCUGCCUCGUUUGUACAAUGGCAACCACCACCUGGUGGCAGGGCUGGAGCCUCAAACGGUGGAGUUCAAGUGUAAUCACUCGUACGCGCUCAGUGGGGACGAGAGACGGAGCUGCCAGCCAGAUGGAACCUGGAGUGGCAAACAACCCCUUUGUGUCAGAGCAUGCCGAGAGCCUAAAGUAUCAGAGCUGGUUAAACAGAGAGUUCUGCCGCUUCAAGUACCAUCCAGGAAGACUCCUCUGCACAAGCUGCUUUCCUCGGCAGUGGGACAGCAGAUCUGGUUCAACAGCUCCCCCAGAAGCCCGUCAGAGCUUUCCCCGUUACCGCAGGGCUUCCAUCAUCUUUACACACAUAUAGAGUAUGAAUGUGCAUCUCCUUUCUACCACCACUCUGGCAGCGCUCGUCGUACCUGUUUGAAGACAGGGAAAUGGAGCGGACGCCAUGUGUCCUGUUCACCAGUAUGUGGGAAGCAUCCCACCUUUGACCCACAGAGGCCGGAAGAGGCUCACUGGCCUUGGCUGGCAGCCAUCUACCGCCGCUCCACUAAGGGAAUGGAGACUAAGGUGACCAAGGCAGACAGCCAGGCGGGCUCCUCAAAGAAGGGGGAUGGAGCGGGAACUGGCAACCUUAAUCAGGAUUCUGACUGGCAGCUGGUCUGCAGCGGGGCUCUGGUUAACCAGAGGAGUGUGGUGGUGGCAGCUCACUGUGUGACAGAGCUGGGCAAGGUGUAUCCUGUGGAUACAACCACCAUCAGUGUGGUCGUGGGGAAGCACUAUAGGGAUGACCACAGAGAAAACAAAGGCCGCCAACGUGUGAGGGUGGCUUCUAUUGUUGUACAUCCACACUACGAUCCUAAUAUUCUUGACUCUGACAUCGCUGUGAUCAAGUUACUGGACAAAGCAAGAGUUGGAGAAAAGGUCCUCCCACUCUGUCUGUCAGAAAGCAAGGAAGAAGAGGUCUCUGGGCAAGGACUUGUCACUGGCUGGUCUCCCCUGCCUAGUCCCAGUUUAGGCUCAGAUGAGAGGGCAAGGGUCGGGGUGGUUCACCUUGCUGAUGUUGUCCCAUGCGAGCAGCAGUAUGCGCGUAAGGGCGUGCCAGUCAGCGUUACGGACAAUAUGCUUUGUGCCAGACAAAAGCCUGCCUACCAUCCGUCGAAUAUAUGUCCCUCUGACACCGGGGGAAUCCUAGUCCUUCCUGCCCUCUCUGAGGAUCAGGCCAGCAAUGACCCAAAGUCACUGAACGUUCAAGGAGAACGCCAAGGACUGUGGAGACUCCUGGGACUGGUUAGCUUUGGCUAUGACCAAGGGGAGUGUGAUCCUGAACUUUACACCGUUUACACUCAUGUAGCCAAAUUCAAAGACUGGAUAGAGAGCAGUAUGAAGUAAAAAAAUAUAUAAAAUAAAAAUCUGACAGUUGUUGCCCUUUUAUUUGUCUUUUUCGGUGUAUUCUUUCUGUCCACCGUCAAAUGCACAAGGGCAUUUUCUAAGUAAAUGCAGAAGCAACACUGGGCAAUGCUAUGCUUUAACUGAAGGGGGUGCUGGCACAUUAGAUGUGCUGAACCAUCAUCCUCUGAUCCAAAGAAUUUAGUGUUCAGCUUCAUCCGCCUGAGAGACUUGAAAAUGACCAGAAAACCAUCAGGCUAGCUUAUGAUGGUGCGGACUGUUUUCAUUGUUUUGUAUAUAUGUAUCAAUGUGCUGAUUUAUUACACAACUUAUUUUUUUGAGGAAAUAAAAGAUGUACAUAGUGUACUGUAAUACAAUAAAUAUGACAUUUAUAAUUGAAUUAAACAUUGGUGUGUUAUA